UCACGUACGAGCCAUUCACUGAAGGCUUUCCCCGCCCACCCUAGCUCCGUGUCUCUCUUUCCGGACCUGGCUGAGGAGGAGGCGCCAUCAUGGGAGUUGACAUCCGCCACAACAAGGACCGAAAGGUUCGACGCAAGGAGCCCAAGAGCCAGGACAUCUACCUGAGGCUGCUGGUCAAGCUGUACAGGUUUCUGGCCAGACGAACCAACUCCACCUUCAAUCAAGUUGUGCUGAAGAGGUUGUUCAUGAGUCGCACCAACCGGCCACCCCUGUCGCUUUCCCGGAUGAUCCGGAAGAUGAAGCUUCCUGGCCGGGAAGGCAAGACCGCUGUGGUCGUAGGGACUAUAACCGAUGACGUGCGUGUCCAGGAGGUGCCCAAACUGAAGGUGUGCGCUCUGCGCGUGAGCAGCCGUGCCCGGAGCCGCAUUCUCAAGGCCGGGGGCAAAAUCCUCACCUUCGAUCAGUUGGCCUUGGACUCCCCCAAAGGCUGUGGCACUGUUCUCCUCUCUGGGCCUCGCAAGGGCCGCGAGGUGUACAGGCAUUUCGGCAAGGCCCCAGGGACCCCGCACAGCCACACCAAACCCUAUGUUCGCUCCAAGGGCCGGAAGUUCGAACGCGCCAGAGGCCGACGUGCCAGCCGCGGCUACAAAAACUAACCCCAGAGCCUGUCUUGUUAUUAAAAAGAUUUUGGAUGCUGGUG